AUGUUAAAUUAAACAUUAAAUGAUGCUUAAAUAGUGGCUGGUAUUGAUAACUUGAAAUAGAAAGUAUUUGUUAUAUGUAAAUAACCAUAGAAUCUUUGUAUAUAUAAUUAUGAACUAUAUCCAAAUGGUGAAAAACCAUUAUUAUUGAUGUGUAAUCAAUAUUUAGCAGUAGAUGAUAAAUUAAAGUGGAGUAUAUUUUUAAGUUAUGUUCACACAUUAGGUAUUAAAGAUUAUAUGUAAUAUAUAGGUUUAAAAGUAGAUAGAUAAUUCUAUGUAAAUUUAGGCAAAAUAUAUGAAUAGAUAUUUAGUCAUUGUUAUGAGGAAGAUCUUAUACAAUUAGAAUAAGAGUUUGGUAAACCUGCUGAAGGAUAUCAAGAUAAUCAAUUAUAAGAAUUAUUCUUCAUGUUUUCAAAAUGUUCACCUUUUAAUAAUGAUGCUAAAACUGGAAGAUUUCUUAAAAUUGGUGCUUAAUUACAGCCAGAAAAUCUAGAUGAUAGAUCCACCGUUGUUGCAGUUCAAUUAUUUAGAAAGUUUUUUCUCUAAUAUGCUGAUUAUAACUUUAAAGUAAAGAACAAUUUAAAUUUCAGCAACCAAAUCCAUUUCAUAUUAUUAAAAACAGUAACGUAAUGCAUUAUGAUACUACUCUUGUAAGAGAAAAGAUAGUCAAUUUAAUGAUGAAAAAUUAAGACUUUUUAAAUUAUAUAGAACAACAUACCUCACUAUUUCAACAUCAUUUACUUUUUGAAUAAUAAAAAAAAUUAGAUCAUUAAAAAGAUAGUUUAAUGAAAUUUCUUAGUGAAAAUACUGAUUUACAACAUUUUAUAAUUAUGGUUUAUGAUUUAUUGAAUAAAGUAACUGAAGGAGAAUUUAAUUCAACUCUAAUACUUAAACAUAUUUCAUUAUAAAUUCUAGAUCCAUUUAUACAUCCACUUGCAUUAUCAAUAUGCGAUUUUUAUGAAUAAAUUUUAGAUGAAGAAUCUGAUGGUACAGAAGAAAUCAAAUAAAUGAAAGAAAAAUAAUAUCUCCCAAAAAUUACAUUCUUAAAUAUGGAUGGAUUUGAUUCUGAAUUCAAUUAUAAAUUAUUAGAUAAUUAUUCAGAUUCUUGUUAAUAUAUCUCAGUAUUAGAUGAAAUGUUAGAUUCUGAUGACAAAUCAUAAAUGUUUGAUUUAGUAACUAAAAAUAAAACUUGUUUUAUGCAAGCUAAAAAUUCUUAUAUCAUUCCUAUUAGAUAGAGUCAUAAUUAAAAAAGAUUAAAUGAUAUGCAUUUUAGACAUAUCUUAGAUUUAUUAGUAUAUCCACUUAUUAAAUCAUUCUAACCUUAAGUUAUUAUAUUUAGUUAUUCUUUUGCAUAUUUUAAUUAAGAAUCAGAUAUCCAAUUAUCUUCUAAAUUAUUUACAGAAAUUACAACUCAUCUAUCAUUGAUUAGUAAUUAUAAGGUAAUUUUUCUACCCAGAAUUUUAUCAUCAGGAGUUUAAAUUUAAGAUCAUAGAUUUGAAAUUGAACUUUUAAAAACUGAUCAUAAAAAUAUCUAAUAUUACUUAAAUAUUUAUAUAACUCAUGUUUAACAAAGCUUUAAGUUUUUACAUCCAUCUAAUUAACAACAUUGUGAAUUAUCACAUUAUGCAAAUAAUGCUAUGAAAAUAGUUAAGAGUAAUAGUUUUUAUGAAAAAAAAAAGUAAGGCAAUAUUAUAUAUUUUGUUCUAAAUAAAGAAAAAGAAAGAUAUAUGUUUGAAAUAUUAUCAGGCUUUCUUGAAUCAUGCAGAAGUAUUAUUCUAAUUUACUAUUCUUAGAAUCAUAUUUAUAAGAAGUUAAAGAUAAGGAUAAACGUAUGUAAGAUCCAAAUUUAUAAUGUUAAGAUUUGCUAUAAUAUAAGUUAUCUUAUGCUGAACUUCUAAAAAAACUAUAUUAAUAUCAUGAAAAACAUUUUUUUAGUAAUUUAUUCAAAUCCACUUAAUAAUAAAUUCAUACUUACAAAUUAUUAUCAAAGUAACAUUAAAAAACUUAAAUAAAAGAAGAUUCUUAAUUUGUUUCUUUUUUGGCAUAAGAUUUAAAAGAUUAUGUUUAUGUUAUAGAUAAUUUGAUUAACAGUAAUUUAAUCUUAUAUUUAAUAGAUGAACCUUAAUUGUUAUAAAUAUAUCUAAGAAGAUUACAAUCUCCAGUUUAUAUCCACAACAGACUAACUUAAUACUUUGUAAAUUACAAAUUAAAAAGCAUACUUUUUAUUAAUGUGUUAUCAUUUAUUGAUAUAAGAGAUAUUGGAAUUGUAAGAUGUUAUUAAAAGCUAAUAGAUUAAAAUAGAAUGCAUACUAAGUAUGUUAGGUGAAUUAUGAAAAAUAUCUAAAUCCUGUAUAAAAAACCUAUCAAAUUUGGGCAGAGAUUGUAAUUAUUCAUGAAACAACAGAACCUGUAUUUUUUAGAUCGUUGUGUUUUGAUAAAUAAAAAAAUAAUGUUUAUUGCAUUUAUGGCAAAGAGGCAAAAAAUAAUACUUUACGUGAUUCAAUUGAUACAUUUAAUUUUGAAAAAGUAUAAAACUUUAAAUUAAAUUAGAACACAUUUACAACUAUUUAUAGAGAUAAAAAAACAAAAAAAGAAAGUGACACAUAUUUUGCUAGAGCAUAUGCUUCUUCUGUUGUAUUUUCUUUUAGUCAAUAAUCUAAGCCAUAUACUGAAGUUUGGACUUUUGGAGGAUCAUUUCUGUAUAUAUUUUAUAUAAUUUAAGAGGACAUUAUAAUUAAGUAUUUUAAAAUAUGGGAUUUUGUAAUUUAGUGGAAAGAUUAUUUAUUUGUGAAGAAUCUUACAGAUCUGAAAAAAUCAAUAAAGAAUAAAUUGUUCCAUUAUCUAUGAGACCUAUGUAUGGUUCAUUAAUGUUAAGUGUAUAGUAAGAUAUUUAAUUUAGUUAUAUAGAGAUAAUGAUGAAUCUGCCAUUUUAAUUAUUGGAGGAUCCUAAAAUGAAUUACUUGUUAAUAUUGAAUAACAAGAAUAUAUCGGAUAUAAAUUUCAACAAAUUGAUAAUCAUUAUUAUGUGAGUGCCAUUACUAAUUUUGGAUAAAAAAUCAGUCCCAUAAGUUUUUACUCAUAAAAUUAAAAUAUCUACUCCGAUUAAGACAAAAUUUAUAUUUUAAAUGAUGCUACUUAAAUAUUAGGAAAAUCUUAUAGAUGCAAUAAUGAAACAAAUGAAUUCGAAGAAACUGACCCUUUUUCUCCCUAUGGUAUUUUAAGUUUAACUUCUCUCAAAAUAUCAAAUAAUUUAUCAUCAUAAGAGAUAUUUAUGAAAAGAAAAAUCUCUAUUAUUAAUAUUGAUGCUAAUAAUAUUAUUUUAAAUGGAACUUAAGUUGUUUAACCUUUUGCUUAAAUGCAUAAAGCAAUGAAAUUCUUGUAUAAAGAAUAAGAUAAUGUAAAUUAUUAAGCAAGAAUUAUAUUUUAAGAUAAUAAUGAAAUAGUUGGAUUAAUUAAAAAUUUUGAAUUUACUAGAUACAUCUAUUUAUAUGUAAAUAUAAAAGAAGAUGAAGGUAUGCAUUAAGGUUAUCUAAAACCAUGUUCAAUGUGUGUUAGUUAUUCUAAUAAAAGUCUAUACUUACUUACUACAAAUAUUGAAAAUGGAUCAGUUUAUUUUACUAUUUAUAGUUAUCAAAUAAAUUAAUUGAUUUAAGAUAUUAAUUUAUCCUUAAAUAAUAAUAGUACAAAAUUAGUUUUAAAUGUUUAUACUGUCUUUGCUAAAGUUGUUAUGCAUCUAUCAAAUAAUGUUGAAAAGAUUUUUAAACACUUGACUUGUGAUGAUGAAAAUUUAUAUUUGAUUGGUGGAUACAUGGGACUUAUAUAUUAAUAGAAUGAUUUAGACUUAUUAUUAUUGUAAGGAUAACAAACUUAUAAAUAUCAUAAAAACAUAGAGAAUACAAAUAAUAAGAAUUUUAAAAUUCCUUUUGUUAAUCCUGAAUAAUCUUCCAAAUUCGGAUAAAGUAAUAAAUAUAUGUAUGAAUCUCCAUAUAUUAUUUGGACUAAUAUUGAUCAAAUAUUAAUAAUUGAAAAAUAAUUUAAAUAGAAAUACUUUAGUGAAGUAAUUGAUCGAGUUCAUCAUGAUUUUAAAAUUUGGAUAACUAAAUUUGAAAUUUAAAUUAAUGAAACAUGGGAAUAGGGUAUCUUAGUACUUCCAUCAUUUUUAUUAACUAAAUCAUAUGUAGAAAUGACAUCCUAAGUAGUUACUGAUAAAUUGAAGGAAUAAAUUUAACAUAGAAAACUCGAUUUAUUUUUAUAAAACAUAAAUACAGAAGUAAAACCUUUUGUUAUUUAUUUAUAGUUUGAAACUAUUGUAAAAAUUGUUGAUUACAUUUCAAUAGAUUAGAGAAUAAUAUUAACAUGUGCAGUUUAAGUCUUAAACUUUAUCUAAAUGCUAAGCUUUGAAUUUUCCUUAGAAAAUUAAGACGAGUAUUUAUUAUAAUACAAAUAUAAUGGAACCCAUUAAUAGCAUCAACAUGCUCGAAGAUAUUCAGUUCCUAUCUUUAUACCAAAAGUCACUCUUUUGGUUACUACUCAAAAAUAAGCGAUCAUUGAUGGAUAUCAAAUUUAUGAUCCCGUAAAUGAAUUUUAAACUAUUAGACAACAAUAUUAAAGCCAAAUCAUAGUUAAAAUGAAAGAAUAAAUCAAAGUUUAUAAUCUAAUUCCACAAACAUGA